AUGGGGACGGAGGGCGGCGGAAUGGUGCGCGCGGACCUGCUGGAUCUGAGCACCAUGGACGCGCUGGCGGGCGGGGAAGGCGCAGCCGCCAAGGGGAAGGCGGACGGGGGAGCGGCGGUGAAGGCGGAGGGCGGAAUGGGCAAGGCGGCGGCGAAGGUGGCGGAUGAGAGCGGAGGCGCGGCGCCGUGGACCCUGGAUAUGAGCAAGGUGAUGUGCACGAACCAGCUGGCGGCGGGCGCGUUCGGGAAGGUGUUUCACGGGCUGUACGAGGGCGAUGACGUGGCGGUGAAGCUGCUGAACGUGCCGGCUGACAUGGCGCCCAAGGAUCUGGAGGGACUCAAGAGCUCCUUUAUGCAGGAGAUUAAAGUGUGGCACACGCUCAGCCACCCCAACGUCGUUCAGUUCAUCGGCGCAUCGCUCAACGCGGCGAACAUCCGCGCGCCGAGCGACGCGAAGCCGCCGCCCGGGCAGCCGCUGUGGGCGAUCGUGACGGAGUACAUGGGCGGGGGCACUCUGCGCGCGCACCUCGCCCGCCGCGGCAAGCUUCCGCCCAAGGAGAGCGUCCGCCUCGCGCUGCACAUCGCGCGCGGCCUCUGCUACCUGCAUGCGCGCGACGUGGUGCAUCGCGAUCUCAAGUCCGACAACCUGUACCUGCAUACGCGCGACGUGGUGCAUCGCGAUCUCAAGUCGGACAACCUGCUGCUGGACCACAAGGGGGCGGUCGUGCUUCCUCUGCUUGCUUUCCUCCUCCUCCCCCGUCUCCCACACAACCCCGUCCAUUCCCCCUCUUCCUCCCUUCCCCAUUUCCCCCGUCACAGCUACCUGCAUGCGCGCGACGUAGAGGGAAUGCGUGCAUGUAGAGGGAAUGCGUGCAUGUAG